UCCCCUCCCGCGUUAUUCACUCUGCUAGUCCUGCUCAGGUCUGCUGACUGCUGCUCUCUGAUCCAAACCUCCUCCUCCACCACCACCUAUAAAUACGCAUCCUCAAAUCCACCAUUCCCAAAUCGAAAACCACUCGAACACAAACUCAGGCAAGGCAAAAGGAACCCGCACCAUCCGAGGCUCAAGCAGAGAAGUGAUCAUCAUCAUCAGAAGAAGAUGUGCCCAACCAAGAAGGGGAUGACCGGAGAGCCGAGCUCGCCAUGCAGGUCGGCAUCAGCCUCGACCUUACCGGAGCACCACCAGACGGUGUGGACGUCGCCGCCGAAGCGGCCAGCGGGGCGGACCAAGUUCCGGGAGACGCGGCACCCGGUGUUCCGCGGCGUCCGGCGCCGGGGCAGCGCCGGGCGGUGGGUGUGCGAGGUGCGCGUGCCGGGGAGGCGCGGCUGCAGGCUCUGGCUCGGCACCUUCGACACGGCCGAGGCGGCGGCCCGCGCGCACGACGCCGCCAUGCUCGCCCUCGCCGGCGCGGCCGCCUGCUGCCUCAACUUCGCCGACUCGGCCUGGCUCCUCGCGGUCCCGGCCUCGUGCGCCAGCCUCGCCGAGGUCCGCCACGCGGUCGCGGACGCCGUGGAGGACUUCCUCCGCCAUCAGGUGGUCCCGGAGGACGACGCCCUCGCGGCCACGCCGUCGUCGCCUUCCAGCGAAGACGGCAACACCUCUGAUGGCGGGGAGUCCUCCUCUGAUUCCUCUCCGCCCACCGGGGCCUCGCCGUUCGAAUUUGAUGUGUUCAAUGACAUGAGCUGGGACCUGCACUACGCGAGCUUGGCGCAGGGAUUGCUCGUGGAGCCACCGUCCGCGGUCACGGCGUUCAUGGACGAAGGCUUCGCCGAUGUGCCGCUCUGGAGCUACUAGAGACUGAAAUUUUCCGUUUCUUUGCUUGGCCUGUGGCGCCUAAUUUUGGCAGUGUAAAACGGUUACUUCUUUUGGUAAUGAGAUGGAACAAGUUUGCGAAACAUGAAAACAGAGCAUGCUCAUCGACAUUUUA